GGCGCCAGCAGGCCUGCUCGGUCGAUCUUCGAGCCGAAGAUGCGGCGGGGCUGGAAGAUGGCUCUGUCUGGGGGGCUGCGGUGCUGCCGCCGGGUACUGUCCUGGGUGCCAGUGCUCGUUAUUGUCCUCGUCGUUCUCUGGUCCUACUAUGCCUACGUCUUUGAACUCUGCCUGGUGACUGUUUUGAGCCCAGCAGAAAAAGUUAUCUACCUCAUACUCUAUCAUGCCAUUUUUGUGUUCUUUGCAUGGACCUACUGGAAGUCUAUCUUUACACUCCCACAGCAGCCAAACCAGAAGUUCCACUUGUCCUAUACAGACAAGGAGCGCUACGAAAAUGAAGAGAGACCUGAGGUCCAGAAGCAGAUGCUUGUGGAUAUGGCCAAGAAGCUACCAGUGUACACAAGAACCGGGAGUGGAGCUGUACGGUUCUGUGACCGGUGCCAUCUAAUCAAGCCAGACCGCUGCCAUCACUGUUCUGUCUGUGCUAUGUGUGUUUUAAAAAUGGACCAUCAUUGCCCAUGGGUUAAUAACUGCAUUGGAUUUUCCAACUACAAAUUUUUCCUUCAGUUCUUAGCUUAUUCCGUUCUCUAUUGCCUGUACAUUGCGACAACAGUCUUCAGCUAUUUCAUCAAAUACUGGAGAGGGGAACUGCCCAGUGUUCGCUCUAAGUUCCAUGUCCUCUUUCUCCUCUUUGUGGCCUGCAUGUUUUUUGUGAGCCUUGUAAUUCUCUUUGGUUACCAUUGUUGGCUUGUCAGCAGAAACAAAACUACCUUAGAGGCCUUUUGCACUCCAGUAUUUACAAGUGGACCAGAGAAAAAUGGGUUUAACCUUGGCUUCAUCAAGAAUAUCCAGCAGGUGUUUGGUGAUAAUAAGAAGUUCUGGUUAAUACCUAUUGGGUCCAGCCCUGGUGAUGGACACUCCUUCCCUAUGAGGUCUAUAAAUGAGUCACAGAACCCACUGCUGGCAAAUGAAGAACCCUGGGAAGAUAACGAGGAUGACAAUCGAGAUUACCCAGAAGGCUCAUCAUCGCUGGCUGUGGAGAUAGAAACGUAGCAGUUUUCACAUUUUCUGCAUCUCCAACAGGAACUCCCAUAUCCCAUGAGGCUUACAGACUUCAACGUUGAGAACCACUCUACUCCUCAAAAUAAGUCACCAAGUUGGAUAGAAAGCUUCAGUUUGGGUGUUCCAUCAAAUACAUGCUGUGCAGAUGUUUCAGGACUUCGCAAAUUGACUUUGCUGACUGAACUCAUUUUGGAAACAAUUGCUUCAAGCCAGUUUUUCUUUCUUACCCUCCCCCAAUCCAUGAAAGCCUAAGUAUAAAAUAUAUAUCUUUAUAUUCAUCUAGUUGGGUAAAAAGGAAUUCAGAAGAUUACCAUGGAGUCUAAUUCCCCCGUGAAAGACUAUUAAUCAUGUCUCUCUGCAGGGUCUUUCUGGUAUUGAGGGGAGUCAGCAUGUGUUUGCAGCUUAUGUUCAUGGGCAUAUAUAAACAUGUGUAUGUGCUACAGAAUUUUGCCAAAAAUCAAGGUUUAAAAACUGAGGAUUGUAUUUAAUCAUGCUUUUCACCUAAAUAGCAAUUUAAAUAUUUGAUGAACUCUAAACAAACCCUAUAUCAUGUAGCUGAA